CCUGCCGAGCCUGUCUCCCCUUUAAACACACACCGAUGAGCGCACCGUCCCUCCUCUCCUCUCGCCCUCGCCCUCUGCACGCACCCGACGAACAUUGACGAGGGCGCCACCGAAGAUCGAAUAAAGGAGUCGCGGAGGAUUUGAUUUGCGCCGGUGGAUCGGUCCCCCAACCCCCGAAGGGCCAAGGGGAUCCCCUCUGCGCCGGCGAUGGACUCCUCCGCCCACGGCAGCGGCGUCAGCCUCCGCGGUGCGAGCGGAGGCCUGGGCUGGGGCGGGAGCGGAGGGAAGGGCGGCAGCGGCAGCGGGAGCGGGAUCGGCGGGGAGCUCACGUCGGCCAUCGGCGGGGGCGGCGCGUCGGCGGAUGCGUGGACCCGGCUUGUCAGCUCCGGCGUGGAGGACGACUUCGUGUGCACGGCGGGAGCCAGGGGGGCGGCGGGGGCCGGAGGGCUGCCGUACGGGCACUUCCUCGAUGCGUGCUUCCUCUGCCGGAAGCCGAUCGCCAGCAACCGCGACAUCUACAUGUACAGAGGGGACAUCCCGUUCUGCAGCGAGGACUGCAGGAGGGAGCAGAUGGAAAUGGACGAGGAGAUGGAGAGGAAGGAGAAGAACACCUCCAAGAAGAUCUCACCGAGGCCCCCAUCCGCCUGGGACGUGGAGUCCCCACCGAGGCCUCCCAAGACCCGUGCCGGGUCAAUCCUCGCCGGCUGACAAGUUACAGGAACAAGAAGCCCCCAAGAACUGAGCUGCUCGUUUUCCCCCAGGCCAAGAUCAGAUACCCCGUUACCACCAGAAACUACCUUUUACUUACAGUUGCACGUAUAUGGGUUUGUGGUUUUUGUUUGAACCCCUUGCGCUUUUUGGUGGUGUUGCGACAUGAUUUUAGUGCCUGCAGCCUGUAUCGGUGAUGAUGUAUAGUGACCGAAAUAGAGAGUUCAGUGUCUGAUAAUUAGGAUUCUGGAGUGGCUGCAGCACUGCCAGCUGCUGCUUCCCUAUGCUGUGUGUGUUGUUAAGGACUUUUGGGGCUUCUUUUUGGGGUGUUUUGUUUUGAAAUUUUUCCUAUGUGUAGCUGUUGUUGUUGGUGGUACUGGUAGGCUAAAAAUGUUUUGCUAAUGAAGCUGAUGAAACAUAAUGGCUACAGAAGAAAUGGACAUAUGGAUGGACGAAUCCUUGACUUUUUUUCUUCUA